AAGAAAGAUAACUCGGAUUAAUAAUCUCAUUAAUUUUAAAAUUUAGUUUUCCACCAAAAUUUUAAAUAAAAACAGCCAAAAUGUUUCCAGGAUGGCGCCCAAUGCAGCAAGCGUUCAUUCAGCCUCAAUAUCACAUGGUCCCAAUGCAUUCGCAGGUCGGCUGGCCAGUUCAAGGGAUGCCCAUGCAAACAAUGAUGGGUGGGGUAAUGCCGACAAUGCAGCCAGAACAGCCCUCUGUGCGCCCGCCAGUUCCAGGAGAGGGCAAUCCCCCGCCUUUACCUGCAGAUCCACCACCGCCAGAAGAGGCAGAACUUAAACCUAAAGACCCAGAUGAAGAAAGGAAACUGCAGGACUUGAAAAACAUGGCAGCCGUGUGGCAGCAGCAGAAACAGACAUGGGGACCAAAUGCCCCCGAGAUACAGACCCCACUAGAUGUCAUAAAAAAGGAGGAGGAAGAAUUUAAUUCUCAAUAUGACCAGUGGAAACAACAGUAUGAUUCAUGGAGGGAACAAAAUAAAUCCCACCCGAACAAGGAGCAAUACAACCAGUACCUACAGCAGUGGCAGACCUACGAGAGGCAGAUGGAAGAGAAGAGAGCGGACAUACAGAGACGCAAGGAGGAGGCGAAGAAAAUGAUGAGGGAGCAUGAGAAAGCGGCUGCUAAGGGGCAGCCCUUUGGCAUGUCAGCGACAAUGGCCCCUAUGCCUCCCCCGAAUGCGUUUGGGGGGCCUCCGCCACCGACAAUGUUUGGGGGUCCACCUCCUAGGGGACCUCCCCCGCCUGGCGGUCCCAUGAUGGGGCCAGGUCCUGGUCCCCAGGGUAACUUUCCCCCAAGGGGUCCCCCUGGUCCCCCUCCUUCUACCAAUUUCGGUGGACCAAGACCAUUUGGACCAAGGAAUGAGGGGGGUGGUCCAGGUCCCAGGGGUCCGGGUAUGGGGAGCUAUCCUUCUGGGGCUGUUGGGUGUGGCACGGGUGCACACCCUGGGGAUAAUGAAGUGGAUGGCAGUGGACCAGAUGCUGCGAUGGAGGAAAACUAUCAGUUGCUUCAGAAAUUGUCCAAUGAUCAAAGGACUAAUAAAUUUAUGCUGAAUCAAAUUACUGAUGAGGGUAAAGACAUUUUAAAUCAGUUGGGAUUUGAAGGACGAGUGUUUUUAUUGAAAUUCAAUAAAAUGAACCCAGCACAACUUAAUACUAUGGUAAAAUGUGUGAACAUGUUAGGAGAUGAAGUUAAGAGAUUGCAGACGAACAAUGAAAUGAAUCCAAUGGUGAUCGGACGCAUGAAACGAGAUGUGAUUAAUGAACUGCAAAGAAUUAAGGUGGAUAUAUCUGAAGAGCUAAAAGCGAACUUUCUAAGCAUGGGUAUGCGAGGCAGGGGUGGGCCAGGAAGGGGAUUUGGCAGAGGUGGGCCGGGGGGCCCCCCAUUUGGCCGAGGUAGAGGGGCCGACAAUCAGCUGGGUGCUGAAACAGGGUCGGGGGGUGCUGGUAUGGACGGAGCCCCUUCGGAUGCACCAUUUAUGGGCACGGGCUUCGACUCAGGUCAGCAGAAUGAGGCUGGGCAGUGGAAUGGACCGCCGAUGGGCAGGGGAGGCAUGGGUCCAAGGGGUCCUAUGCAGAUGCACACCGGCCCGAGAGGUCCCAUGGGUCCUCGUGGAAUGAGGCCAAGGUUUCCCAUGGGUGGACCCAGAGGACAGGGCUGGUUUCCUGGUCCAGGGGUUCCAGGUCCCACCCCAGCGUCUGCUGCUCCCUUUGCUAGUGAACCAGAAGUCUUCCAGGGUGAGGUGUUUGAGCCACCACCUGAAGCAGAAAAGCCUCCAGCUCCAAUACAAGCUAAACCACCAUCAUCAGCAGCAGCAACUGCAACAACAACAGCGGCCAAGACAACACCAGUGACAUCUUCAUCAACCACUGCAUCGGCAGUUUCAAGUCAGAAAGGUCCAGACAAGGGUCAAACUGGGCUGCCUGAUCCUAAACAAGCUGCUGCCGUAAAACCUGCUGCUGCCCUGGACAUACCGAAAAUUCCAACACAACCAUCAGGGCCGCAAUCACAAAAACAACAGCAGCAGCAACAACAGCAACAGCAACAACAACAGCAGCAACAAAAGCAGUUACAGCAGCAGCAGCAAAGACAACAACAAGCUAAAAACAAUGAACAAAAGGCAACACAGCAAAGGAGCUUAGGAAUGUUUUUGGCUGCGAACCAGGACAAGCUCCAAGAGGAGAGAGAUCGGGAGCAGAGGGUGGCCAACAAGGCUGCACCAUCAUCUGUGGCCCAGGCAGCAGGGCAGUUUGGUAGGGACCGGAGCAUUGAGAGGGACCGUCCAGCGCUGGCACCAGCCCCGAAGUCACUUUUGGAGUUGACAACGCAGCCGCCACGCAAGCCUUGGAAUAAGCAGCCUGUGCAGCAGGAGGAAGUUCAUGAUGAACCUGAGGAGGAAAAUUAUGACCACUAUGAUGAGAACAAUCAGCAGCAGUUUGGCCCGCUAGGUAGAGGAAGGGGUCAGUUUCAACAGGCUGCAAGAGGUCGAGGAAUGCAAGACAGCAAUAGGGGACGAGGGGGAUUUGAGGGGCAGCCAGCUAGAGGAGGCAGAGGGGGCUUUGUGAACCAGAGGGGACGGGGUGCACCAGACAGGGGAAGAGGCAGGGGCAUGGGCAAUGGGCAAUUUGGUCAGUUGGGUGCGGUGGAAACUGGCGCUGAUCAGUCCUCGGGGCAGUUUGGGAAUCUCAGAGGCAGAGGCAGGGGAGAUGCACCCAUGCAGAACAGAGGUCGUGGGGGUCAGUUUGGUAGCCAUGGCAACCGAAGUCAGCUGAUGGAUUACCAGGGUCAGUGGGAUGUUGUUGAAGAGGAGACAGCUUACGCCGAAGAAGCAGGAGAUCAGCCAACGGCUGAAGACUAUGAGAAUACUGAGGAGUAUGAGGAAGCCUAUGAUGAGGAAGGUCAAGGUUAUACGGAGGAAAUAGCUGCAGCAGAGCCUGGGCUAACUUCUAAGGAGGCUAUUCCCUAUGACAGACCUGAGGUCCCCUACAGAGACCCGUAUGAUACCAGAGAGGUGGACAGGGCUAGGCCAGACAUUGAUGACAUUGAUGACAGGUUUAGAGAUAGAUUACCUGUCCCUGAAUUUGAUCGGAGGGACCCCUACAGACGUCCAGAGGAGCCCUUUGACCGCUUCAGAGCCCCAGUACGGGACCCGUAUUACGACCUAGCUGACCCUUACUAUGAUAGAAGGGACCCCUAUGCAAGGCCUGACCCUUACAGAGAUCCCUACGCCCGCAGACCUCCCUAUGAUGACCCCUACAGGCGGUACGAGGAUCGUGACCGAUUCGAUGCCUACCGACCACUCCCGUCUGAUGAGGACAGGGCAGGAUUCCGGCCCGCAGAGACAAUAGACUACGGGCACCGGACAACAGCAGGGGAACCGGCAGAGGAGACCAGCCGGUUCCAGGCACCAGCAGUCAUUGACUACGCACACGGUACCGGCGGUCCCAGCAUUCGGAAUCCAGGGGCGGGAGAAAAGGGGGAAAUAAGUUACCCUCAUGAUAAGCUGGAGGGAAGGUUCGGUCAGAGGGGUGAGACUGGAUACCUGCCCGGACAGCGCCCUGACGGGUUUUCCCAAGAUCGCAGUGAGCCGGGAUAUAUGCCAUCAAGGUCUGAGCAAGGCUAUAUGCACGGGGCACCACCACCAUCACGUCAAGAUGACCAAGAGCGAUACAGACCUCCACCUAUGGAAAGGAGUUUCCCAUCCCCCUUCAUCAGUCGCAGCCAGUUCAGCCAGCCCCCUGCAGCCCCUCCUGGACCCCCUCCUGGGCCCCCACCCAUGGAGACUAAGCUGGAGGUUGUCAAGAUUGAAGAUAUCCUGUGUUCCCCCGGUCGCAUGUCACGACCCCCGCAGAUUGUUGUCCUAGUGAGAGGUCUGCCUGGGUCUGGAAAGACGUACGUCAGCAAACUGAUCAAGGAUAAGGAAGUGUCGAAGGGGGGCAGUGCGCCGCGCAUGCUGUGCCUUGACGACUACUUCAUGAUUGAGGUAGACAGGAUUGAGAAAGACCCAGACACAGGCAAGAGAGUCAAGAAAAAGGUUUUGGAAUACGAGUAUGAAGCCGAGAUGGAGAGUGCGUACCGUCAGAACAUGCUCAAGAGCUUCAAGAAGACAAUUGAUGACGGCUUCUUCCCUUUCAUCAUUGUCGACGCUGUCUUCGACCGCAUCAAACACUUUGAGGAGUUUUGGAGUUACGCCAAGUCCAAGGGAUUUCAGGUGUACAUAGUGGAGCUACAGUGCGAGGUGUCCGUCUGCGCCAAGAGGAACACUCACAACAGGACGCAGAGAGAGCUGGAGAAGAUUGAGAGUAAAUGGGAGGAGACGCCAGGUCACUACAUUAAGCUGGAUGUGCGCUCAUUGCUACAGGAGGACUCAAUUACUGAUGUGGAGAUGGAAGAGAUGGACCCUAGCCAGGCAACACCAGGGGUUGCUGCCCCGGGGGUAGGGAAAGGAGAAGAUCAGGAGGAGGAGACAGAGCAUUUCAAGAAAAGCAAAUGGGAACUUGAUCUAUCCGAGGGGCAGUUAGACAAGCUGGAUGGUCUAAAGCACAUUCAGAUGCACUCGUCGCAGUCGUCGAAGGCGUCCAUGGAUGAAUUCCUGCAAGUGGCCGAUGAAUACUUCGCCCGGCAGGCACGCGAGCCCGGCAAGAAGAGGGUUCGCUGGGCAGACCUAGAGGAGAGGAAAGAGUCGGCGUAUCGGCGGGACCUUGGGUUCGUAGUAGGCCAGACCCAACAGGACUGGCAGAGGAUCACUGACCCGAACUAUGCUGAGCGUCAGCUCAACAAAACAAAGUAUUUCUAGCUGAUUGGGGGCACGUGAAGUUGGAAUGGUGUUCUUCUAAGGUUACAGCUGUCUGCACAUGGUCCAUCGAAUGUACUGAACAGGACAAUGUACUGAACCGGACGCUGCAAAGACGGAAAAGUACGGACAUGCGCAACAUGGACACACUCGUGGGAAUUGGUCAUGUGAUUGUGACAAAUCAGAGGGCUGUACUAAUGUUGUGUUAUUAAAAAAUAAUUCCCAAAUAACAAUUCAAUUCAAUAGAAUUGUUCGAUUUCAUGAAUACAAUAUAGGUAUCAUGUUGUUUUUUUUGUAAAUAACCGUGUUUUUAUGAAAUAAUUAUAUUACAUUAUGCAUAUAAAUAGUGUGUAUUGGUGUGGAUUGCUUUCCGAUAUUUGAUGCUUUUAGAAAGCGCGGUGACACUUCGCGUGUUUAGAACAACUUUUCAACUAGCAUUUGUACAAUAAAGAUAUUGUUUGUCAGUUUAUGCUCUUAUUUUUACGGCCUAUUCGCUUGGGCGUUUCUAACAGAAUUGUACUAAAAUAUUGAUGUUGUUCAGUUUAUUUCUUUGAACACGUGUAUACAUGGCUUUUAUUGAUAGUUGUGCACAUGUAAAAUAAAUGUAUUGUAGUGUU